AUGGGCGACGCACCGCCGCUCGAGCGAACGAGCAUCAAAGCGUCUGAACUCGUCCACCGCGCGGUCGACAAGAGCUACGAAGACUUUCGGUCGCUCAUGUUCCAUCUGCCGACAAUGCGCGAAGACGAGCGACGGGAGCCAUUGCUGGCGCACCUCCAGAGCGCACGCAAACGCUUUGCGCAACUGCUCGCAGUGCUCAAGUGGUCGGUGCAAUCGCCGCUCCUGCACCAGUGCGACUCGUUGCUGCAGCACACGAGCGCCUACCGCAAUCAUGUGAACGAGACCAACGACCGGCUGUUCUUUAUGCACGCAGAUCUCAACCGCGCCAAGGAGCGACGGUAUGACCUCAGUACGGCUGUCGACGUGCUCUAUGGCGGCAGCUACUUACGGCUGCCAACGAUAAUCAAGAACGCCAUGUUCCCUCGUGAAGUACCUGAAGUGGAUAUUGAACAGGCGGCUAUGGAAGUGACGGACUUGAUCCGGUUCCGGCUGAUUGAAGCCGAGAUCCCAGAACAGGUCUCGAACAUUACACUCGAAGGAGGGUUUGUCAUCUGCCAAGCGCAAGGAGAGUUUGAGAUUGUGUUGACGCUUCAGGGCAAGGAGAACGAUGCCAAGUGGCGCGUGAUCAGCGUGAACACGGCGCUCACUGAUCCACGGGCUUUUGGCGAUCACGCUCGAGCAGCGUCCACGAGCGCUCUGCGCAUUAUUCGCACGAAUGCGCCAAGCGCAUCACACUACAAUCAUUUGAAGAACCUUGUGCAACGAGCGAUGAACAAGUCUGAGAAGCCGUUUGUGGACGCGUUUGUGGUGAUGCGCGAGUUUUGCUCGUCACUUGCAUUGCAGAUUCUUGCUUUACAGGGCAAACUGCUGAUGGAAGGUCGCUGGAAGAAUCGCAUCAUGAUUACACACCAUCGUGACCAGAAUGUGUUGGACAUGUGUUACUGGCCCAAGGCUUGUACGCGGAGAGAGACGCAGACACUGACCGAGCAGCAGCGACUGAUCCAACAGUUGAGUGAACCGUUGGCGACGGCUCGAAAGGGUUUUACGCUGCCGUAUUCCGAAUCCAGCUUGUGUGUUCGAUUGAGUUUCGAUCCAAACAAGAAGAAGCUCCUCUCUGUUAGUCUUAGUCCAUCGCUUCCACCGAACCUACCUGGGUAUGCAGCAUUAUUGAGCGCGUUGGAGGUACCAUCCAAUAUGUUUCUGCUCAGUGCCGAAAAUCUGCUGAUUGCGGCCAUGCGUGCCCAUGUCUCGGCGGCUCUUUUCUCAAUAGGCAGACUACUUGUAGUCGAUUCUCCAGACGAGACGGCUUCCACGCAACUGGUCACGGGAGAAAAGGUUGCUAUGGUCUGUUCCGACACGAGUUUGCGGAUCGCGCGGGCAGACAUUGGCGGACUGCAGCAGUUCUUAGAGAUAACGUUUGACAUUCGCGAGGGUCGGUUUAUCGUGAGCUCGGUUGCUGCGGCGAAACACGCCAGUCUCUAUACCUCGGUGAAACAAUUGGAGCGAAUACUGGAUACGCAGUGUAAAAUGGAGCUCGGAGGUAACGUUGUCAAAUCGUUUCCAAGCGAUUUUGCUUUGGUCUCUGGUGAUGGAAAAGGCGACAAGUCGAACGAGAUGAUACACGCGAGUGUUCGUAAGGUCUUGUGCGAGAUAGUGGCUGACGAGAUUGCCCAAAUUGGCUCAACAUUCAAGGGUAUCGAAGUAUUGCGGAGUGUCAAUUUGAACUGGGAGCGGUACCUUGCUUUUCGACAGCAGCAAGGUGGACAAACUGAAGAUCUAACCAUCUCAGACACAGCUUUGUAUUUUUUGUUGACGUCGUCCAAGGAGUCUACAUGUUAUUUGGUGAUUGAAAUUGAUAAGUACGGCGAAGUGGAUGGGAUGAACGGAAGUGUGCACGAAGCUACAGAAGUAGAAGAGUACGUGCGAUUACCAUGUUUUUCGUUGCUCCAGACGAGUGCAGGCUUGCCGGGUCAGCCUGCUGGUGUGCAGUUCAUCCAGCGAUUCGGAGCGUUUAAGAAAGAAGAUUUGCACCCAUCGGUCACACGCUGCAACGAGAUUGUUGUGAAUGGUCUGUGUGGAAACACUCGAAAGCGUUAUUACGGUUUGUAUGUCAACAACGCUUUGGCUGAACAAAGUGAACGCUCGGCGAAAAGGAUGCUUCUCGAGAGUGGACGAGUACAAAAGAAAAGCGGAUACUGGCUGGACAAUGCCGAGGGUCACGUAGUCUCGCGUAACGUCAUCCCCCAUAUUGCGUCGGUGUUGCUGCACGCGAUCAAUAUGUGCAGUGAGAGGAUUCAGUUGCAGCACUUUGUGAACUUCGCUCGACGGCGCAAGUCACGGAUCCGUUACUCAGGCGAGGCUGGUACGAUGAGCGGAGAGGGCACAGGUGGCCAAGUCGUUACACUUUCAUUCCCAGAAAAGGUCAACACGGAUCCACUAACGAUUGUAGCUAUCCAAGGCCACCUGAAACACAGCGGGGGAUUCGAGCUGUGUCUUCAGCUGGCCUCCGUGCCGUUCAAGUUUAUUCUUCCGAAGAGGCCAAAGACGCAUUUGUUAUCCGAUCGCUCGCACUAUGUUAACGCACGAGGCCAGCUGAUUUUCAAGUACCCGACGACGUUGGUAGCUAGUGACGUGUUCAGCGAGAAUCCGCUGGAGAUGUUCAUGGUUGAGCUCAUCUGUGUCGUGCGGCCGCUUUGCGAACUUGCUGUGAAGUUGGAGAAAAUGCUGACCGCUGUAGGUCGCUAUACUAAUGACAUCAAAAGCGACGGGCACUUUUACGUAGAGAGUGCUGACCCAUUUGGCAUUGUGCUGGCAUGCCGAGCACCAAACCCGAGGCAUUGUGUUGCUGCCGGGUCAUCGCCGGACGGCAUGACGACAUAUCGUGCAGCAGUGCAGUUCAAGCAGAAAAUGGGCUUCGUUGUCAACUACAGCCACAAAGCCGAGCAUCCACUGAUGCACUUCAUCCAGUCAGCGCUGAAUGGACACAGUGACCCAUCGCAGUUUGUAGAAGCACUGGAGCGCACGUGCAUUCCGAUGGGUAUUCUGGCAAGCGUCGUCGAGUCCCAGCUACUUUGCGCCAAAUAUUACCGGCAAGAUCCUGUGCCCGAUGCGAAGGAAGACGUAGCAAAUGGCGGCCCAAAGGCUUUUGCUCGAGGCAGAAUGGGUGGUAAGGGAAUGAAGCUGGGCUACAAGUUCAAGCUCCCUGGUGAAGAGAAGGGAUACUAUGCUGAGAAGUCGUAUGGUGGCGACGACAAGUCCUUUGUACCUGCCGAGUUAGUGAUGAUCCCGCGGUCGCAAACACAGGUUCGCCUGUCCUAUGGAGACCGCUGCGCCGUAGAUAUUUAUUUCCUGGAGAAUCAGUCGGUGAGGAUGCAGAGUUCUUUGGGAGGCGUACGCGUCCCCAGCUGUUCGUUCGAGAAGGGCAUCGUCGUGGACUGCCACAAUUUUGCUGAUAAGCUGCGCAGCACGCUGUCGGAAAUGGCAUCGGCAUAA